AUGACUGAGCAUUCGAAUCACGCUAUCGUCUAUGGUGCAUCGGGAUUAGUGGGUUGGUCUAUUGUUGAUCAGCUUUUGAAACAGUAUCCCGAACAUGGUACAUUUUCCAAGAUCACAGCCAUCACAAACCGACCACUCGAUCUAUCGAGGGCAUACUGGCCUGAACGCAGUUUGACGGGUCCCAAAUUGGAACUGGUAUCAGGUGUUGAUCUACGCCAGGGCGAUGGACCAACAUUUGCCGAGACGCUGAAAAGCAAAUUAAAGGAUGUGGGCAGUGUUACUCAUGUUUACUAUUUAGGUCAGUAUUCCGUUACGAAUUUCACUUGGGCUGGAUUCUCACAGAUCUUAGUGUUCACGGCAAUUAGCGAUGACAUUGAAGAAGUUGACACCAAUCGCCAGAUGAUGCAAAAUGUCAUCCACGCCCAUGAAAGAUUCAGUCCAAACCUCCGGUUUGUCGCUUUUCCCGGUGGGACACGGGGAUAUGGAAUUUAUGCGCCCGGUGGCACCUUCACCCCGCCUCUCCAAGAACACAUGGUUUCGAAUCUUCCACGCGAUUAUGCCACAACGGUUGUGUACCCAGCAUACAGAAAACUUCUCGACGAAGCUAGCAAAGGGAAAAACUGGACAUGGUGCGAAGUUUGCCCAGAUGCAAUUUUUAGUUUAGCACUUCACUGGGCGCAGUAUCUUUCUCUCUAUGCUUAUAACAAUGGCAAGGGUCCAAAUGUUCAAUCAGCUGAAGAUGGGAUCGUGAAGGUCCCUUUCCCCGGCAAUACUGCGGGCGCGAGCGCACUCUUCACCCCCGCCUCAAGCCAGACAAUCGCUCGAUUUAUGUUAUACGCAUCAUUGAACCCGGAAAAAUGCGGCCAGGGUAAUUUGUUCAACAUAGCUGAUCACCAGGAGCCAUGCACGUAUGGUCAGCUGUGGCCGAAGUUGGCUGAAUGGUUUGGAUUGGAGGGUGUCGGGUUUGCCGAUGAGUCGGAAUCAAACUCACCGAAUACUCUCAAGGUCGGCGAGCUUCCCGAUUCAACAGCGUCGCUUUUGCCUGGAGAGUAUAUUUCAAGGCACAAGGAAAUAUUCUUGCGCCACGGUUGCGAGUAUGCGGUCACUGCCGGCGUUGGAGCUGGUCACCGCCAGCUGGAUAGUGUGGGCUACUGGUUGACCUUCGAUCGACAAAUGAGUCUAGACAAGAUACGCAAAACAGGCUUCGAAGGAAACAAGGAUCCCGUUGCUGGCUGGAUUGAGAGCUUUGAAAUGUUCCGGAAGGCAGGGUUGAUUCUCUAA